CUCCGGGCGCGGCAGCUGCGGCCAGGGCUGCCGGGGACUCGGAGGAGGAAGCGGGCGCCGGCGGAGGCGGCUGCGGGGGCGGAGGAGGACGCCCCCGGCUCGGGAGGCCCCCGGCUCAGGUUCUGAGGUUCACUCGCAGGUAGAGGAGGCGGGAGACCAUGUGACUGGAGGAGAAGCCGCUGUGCCGUUGUGUGGGGUGCACAGCCCCGGGGCCCUCCAUAGAGAGGAAGGGCCCCCCCCCCGCUCCUGAAUGCUGGCCCACUGGGCCCCCUUCCCCAGGAGCUGGGGAGCGGUUCAAGGGGGGCUGGGGCCUCAGGGCAGGUCGGAACCCCCCCGGCCCGUGACAGCCCCGAUGCUGGGGCUGCCGCUAUGGACCCUGAGCCGGCCGGGCCUGCGGUCACUCUGAGCCGGCCCCCCCGCCCCUCCCGGCGCCAUGGCCCUGGCCGUCUCCUGGGACGUGGUCUACAUCGUGGUGGAGGUCGCCAUCGCCGUGCUGGCGGUCCUGGGCAACGUGCUGGUGUGCUGGGCCGUCUCCAUGAACACCAACCUGCAGAACGUCACCAACUACUUUGUGGUGUCCCUGGCGGCGGCCGACAUCGCCGUGGGGGUGCUCGCCAUCCCUUUCGCCAUCACCAUCAGCACCGGCUUCUGCGCCGCCUUCCACGGCUGCCUCUUCAUCGCCUGCUUCGUGCUGGUGCUCACCCAGAGCUCCAUCUUUAGCCUCCUGGCCAUCGCCAUCGACCGCUACAUCGCCAUCCGCAUCCCGCUCAGGUACAACGGCCUGGUGACGGGCACGCGGGCCAAGGGCGUGAUCGCUGUGUGCUGGGUGCUGUCGUUCGUGAUCGGGCUGACGCCCAUGCUGGGCUGGAGCCGCUGCGGGGAGGCGGCGGGCGCGCGCAACGGCUCGGAGGCGCGCUGCGGCGCGGGCCAGGUGCCCUGCCUGUUCGAGGCGGUGGUCCCCAUGGACUACAUGGUCUACUACAACUUCCUGGCGUGCGUGCUGCUGCCGCUGCUGCUCAUGCUGGCCAUCUACCUGCGCAUCUUCAUGGCGGCGCGGCGGCAGCUGAAGCAGAUGGAGGGCAAGGCGGCGGCGGGGGGCGAGCGCUCGCGCUCCACGCUGCAGAAGGAGGUGCACGCCGCCAAGUCUCUGGCCAUCAUCGUGGGGCUGUUCGCCGUGUGCUGGCUGCCGCUGCACAUCAUCAACUGCUUCACGCUCUUCUGCGCCGAGUGCCCGCACGCGCCGGCCUGGCUCAUGUACCUGGCCAUCGUGCUGUCGCACACCAACUCCGUGGUCAACCCCCUCAUCUACGCCUACCGCAUCCGCGAGUUCCGCCACACCUUCCGCAAGAUCCUGCGCAGCAGCCGCGGGGCCGCCGCCUCCCCGCCCGCCGCCCGGGACUGCGCCCGCGCCCAGGAGCGCGUCAGCCUGCGGCUGGACGGCCACGGCGGCGGCCCGGGGGGCGCGCAGCUCCCGGAGGCCCCGCCCGCCGCCUCCUGACGCCGGAGCCCGGAGGGCGGUGCCGCGGGCGCGGGGGGCGCGGGAGCCCCGCGCGGGGCGGCCUCCCGAGCCGCCGCCGGACGAUCUGCGGCCUCCCGAGGGACUCGGAGCUGGCCCGGGGAGCGGGGUGGGGGCUGGGAGGCCUUGGGGGGAGGGGGCGGAGGGGAGAACCCCCGGGAGCGAUUUCGGGCUCCGGGCGCCCCCGGGCCAGGGAGGCUCCGCGCAGGGGCCGG